UUUGAGACAUGAUUUGUUUUGAAAAAGGAAAGAAGAAAUUUCUGUCGACAAAAUGACAGAUAUAGAUGAGAAAUCAUUGUUAGAAAAUGUAUUCAACUAUACCAACUUGGUCCAUGCGAUAUCUGGUGCAGUUGGAAGUGGGUUUGCAUUGACAGUAUUUUAUCCUCUGGAUACAGUCAGAACAAGAUUACAAGUUGAUGAUCAUAGAAAACCAAAACAUUUACAUGAAAUCCUGAGAGAAAUAUUCACAGAGGAAGGUCUAUUAUCUCUAUACAGAGGUUUAUAUCCUGUGGUGGCCUCAUUAUGCUGCUCAAACUUUGUAUAUUUCUACACAUUCAAUGGCCUGAAAGUGGUCAAUAUGGCAAACACAGGCACAUCUGGCCCAGCCAAGGACCUUUUGAUGGCAUUUAUUGCAGGAUGCAUAAAUGUGUUGGUGACAACACCUCUCUGGGUUGUAAACACAAGGAUAAAACUACAGGGUGUCCAGUUCAAGACAGAAACUCACCAGGAGAAAAAGGUUCCAAAAUAUACAGGUCUUAUAGAUGGUUUGAUGAGGAUCUGGCGGGAAGAAGGUAUCAGGUCCCUUUGGAGUGGCACUUUACCUUCCCUAGUAUUAGUAUCAAACCCUUCUGUGCAGUUCAUGGUGUAUGAGUCACUCAAGAGAUAUUUACAACGAAUGUCUGGAGUAGAGGAGUUGAGUGGGCUGACUUACUUCCUAUUAGGUGCCAUAGCAAAGAUGUGUGCAACAUUCCUCACAUAUCCCAUGCAAGUCAUACAGUCAAGACUAAGGGCUGGUUACCAUAAGAAAGAGUUGGCUGAUUUGAACUUCAUACAACAAUUGAGGAACAUGAUAAGGAAUAAUGGUGUACUCAUGCUUUAUAAAGGACUAGAAGCUAAGCUAUACCAGACUGUUCUCACCGCUGCCCUCAUGUUCCUUACCUACGAAAAAAUUUCACAUUUCAUUUUCCGGCUCAUGGGCAUUGAGUUGAAAGCAACUUAAUAAUGAAUAGACAUAAAAGAUGUUUUAACCAUUGUACUCACCAGUCAUUUUCAGGGGCAGAUCUGAAAAAUUCUGAGGGAGAUCAAUUUUUUAUCCAUCUUUUUGAAUCCCCUAUAUUUGACAGUGUGUUAGCAUGCUUUAGGAACAGGGCAUUACAAAUUAUAUGAAAUGUGAAAUAUAUAAACCAUUCCUAGAGGCAGUGCAAUGUACAAUUUACAGAUAUUUACAGACAAUUUUAAUACAGCAAAAAGAUUCUACAUGAAAAUAAGGAUGUAUAGAUUUCUGCACCAUGGUACGUGGUUCUACACACUUAUGUUGAUUAUGAAAACAAGUAAAGCAAAAUGACCGUGUCCCUUUAAUGUUUUUGUAAUUCAGUCAUAUAAACACUAGUCUGAUAUGUGUAUUGCCUUUUAUAUUGUAUUUUAUUGUGUGAACACUGAACACUCAAUGUGAUCACUUCAGCUAAAAAGGUGUUCAUUUUACAAUAUUCAGCUGAAACAUAAUAUGAUGUAUGUACAUGUAUUAUAUUAUUGAAUGCAUCAAUCAGUAGAUCUUCUGCCAGCAUUGCCAAUUUUAUUGUAAUAUACAUGUUUUAUGAACCAUAGUGCUUAGUACCUAUGAAAUAAAUAUUGAGCAUAAUAUACUUAGAA